UCCCGUGCUUAAGAUGGUCAGUUAAAGUUAUUCGUCUAAAGAGACAGUUGAUAGUUUUUUGUGUUGUUGAAGUGACGUUUAGUGAAAAAAAUUCGGAAUAUGGCAGAUAUUGACAGAAUGCUGGAUGAGGCUUUAAUGAGGCUAGUCCCAAUUUUCAACGUGAUAAGACUCCGGUUGGAUUUUUUGAUCCUUGGGUUUUUAUAGAUGGAGGAUCUUUUAAGCCAAUCAGAAUUAGACCUGGGUUAAAUAUUGAUUGUCCACUUCACUGGUCGCUGUUGCCUGAGGAGCAACAACACAAUUUGACUAAAGAAGUUCGAAGGGAGAUAGCGAUUCAGUCAAAACUUGGUGCUUUCUUAGUUGGAGCCAAGUAAUGUGCAAUUUGCGAUACUUUCGAAAAACAUAUGUUGUGUUAAAACGAGGAAAAUCAAGUCUGCUAGACGGGAAAAAAUGUCCAAGGCGUUGAAGUGAGAGAGGCGAUUCAUUUGAAAACCAUAAUUUUGGAAAAUGGUUUGGUAUUAUUUUGCCCUAUAGAGUGGGUACGCCGAAGGACGCGUGAUUCUUUUUUAAAUAGAAACAAACUAAUUCUUAAUGUGUCUGAGGCCUUAUAUAAGCCUUUCGUGGCCUCUAAUCGUUUGUGGACGGUUGAAGAAGAAUCAAAGAGACAACGCUGGCAAGAGUUUGUCCAUGGUCAGAAACGACUCCGCUAUAAAGCUCAAAUUCGGUGGCCCUUUGGAUUCAUGCUUCAAGAAAUCAGCUUCAUUCUCUCGAAUACUCAAGUGGAAAUAUCGAGUGUGAUCUAGUUCAGCGCUGGCUGAGAUUUUACAAUAUUUAAAUUCUCAGAAUCCGAAUAUGGCUAUAAAACGAAACAAUUGCACAUGUACGCAAAAAGAAAUACCAUGAGUAAUCGUGUCAAAAUCGUUUUCUGCUUAUUUCGGACUAAGGAAAAUUCUACGACGUUUAUAACAUUCGUUGCAAUCAUUGUGAAAUAUACGUAAAUAUUCCGUAAUAAUGUUCGUCAACGCGCAGUUUCAAGAAACCAAAGAAAGGGUAACGGUUGACUCUGUGGAUAUUAAACACUUCAAUCCUCUCUCGUACCGCAGGAAUUAAUUAUAUAAAAUAAGAAUAAGAGACAGAAAAAUGGACUAGUGCUACAUUCUGCAGGGUGGGGGCAAAGAAAGAUAUACCAGUUGCACUUUGCAAACCUUCAGGAACUUAGGAUAAAAAUUUAGCAGCGGUGUUUACUGUACCGAAGAUGCACUCAAUGGUUUCGACCAGUAAUCCCGUCUUCAGUGAUGAGCCUCGGAAACCUCUCACGGAUUUAAACAAGACCAAGCACGAAUUAAAGAACAAGACUGAAGGUAUCAAACGAUCUCAUGAUGGCAGUGCUUUUCAGAAAGUCAAAACCUCAUAUGAGAAGAUUGCUGUUAACAAUUUAGGGUUGAAAACCGCAAACGUCAUUCUAGACUUCAAGAAGCCUGAAACGAUAACAGCCCCAAUAAAGAAAACAAAAAGAGCCAAUAAUUCUCCACUAUUCGAUGCCGGAUUCAAGGAGAACGUCGGAUGCAGUACUGAAAAUAAUCAGGAAUACCCUUCCUCAAAAUCAAAUGCACUUCUGGUCCACCCAGAAAUGACUGCCUGUCUCUCAAAGAACAAGUGGCAGUCCAAAAGGAAAACAGAAAGAUUGACGAGUCGGCAAUAAAGCCUGGUGAACUUGGAUGGCGAUGGAAAAUUGAUUUACAUCGGCAGAAACCAAUGGAUGGGCUACGAUAACUUCACGUGUAGUGUUGAUCACGUAAAGACUUUUUCACAAAUAGCUAGAAACUUAGCAGUGGCUAUCUUCGGUUA